AUGGCGGGCUCUUGCACAAUCGAUGAGCACAACCACUUCGGCCCCAUAGUUGGAGAUGCCUGCUAUGGGGGGUUGGACUUUACCUUGUACUUUGAGGAAGCCUUUCUGUCUAUCUUUCCUGCUGCGACGUUGAUCUUGGCUGCGACUGUUAGGUGUUUCCUGGUUCGUAGCGCCAGUCUCAAAGUCAGGGGGGGCUGGCUGCACACUCUGAAACUGCUAUUGCUUGCACCCUACUCCAUCUCGCAACUAUUGUUACUUGCAUUUUGGAUGAGAUCUGGAACCCCAAAGACAGACCUCACUAUUGCAUCAACAGUCUUACGGUUCAUUGCCACGCUGCCAUGCGGGUAUCUAAUACACUUACAACAUCAUCGCUCUCUCCGACCAUCUAAGAUCAUAAGUAUCUACUUCCUCCUCACUCUACUAUUCGACAUUCCUCUCGCUCGAACAAUAUGGACCAUCCAAGGUCUGCGUACGGUCUCCGCCAUAUUCAUUGCAGGCACGGUUGUGAAAGCUCUCCUUCUGAUCCUCGAGACCUGGGAAAAGCGACGCCUGGUUAGACCAAUGUACGCGAGUCCCGCACCUGAGGACUGGACUGGCGUCAUCAACCGCAGCCUCUUCUGGUGGAUUAACCCUCUCUUAUUCCGAGGCGCGCGCACUAGCCUAUCAGUGGGUGACCUCUUCCACCUUGAAAGCUGCAUGCUCCCCGACCCGGACGGCAAGCACCGUGUCGUGAUGCACUGGGAGAAUGUUACGAACAAGGAUAAGGCUGGCGCGAUGGUCGUGCCGAUAGCCAAAGCCUUUAAAUGGGAUCUGUUGGCUGGAGUCUUCCCUCGUCUGUGUCAGAGCGGGUUCAUCAUCUCGCAGCCGUUCCUUGUCCGCGCCACGGUCGAGUUGUUUGUUUAUCGAGACCGGCCGGAUUCACGUAGUAAGGCGACACUGCUGAUUGGUGCUUAUGCGCUCGUUUACGGUGGAAUUGCGAUCGCGACUGCGACGGCGCAGCAUAAAACGUACCGGGUGAUUACGAUGAUGCGCGCGGCGCUGGUGGAUAUGAUCUUUGAGAAAAGCACAGCCAUCAAUGCGCAUAAGAACGAUGACUCGGCAGCUCUAACGCUCAUGAGCACGGACAUUGAGCGCAUUACUCACUGUGGCCGGUACAUCCAUGAUACGUGGGCGAGUCUGAUUGAGAUUGGAAUUGCGUUGUACUUAUUGUAUAAUGAGUUGGACACGGCAGGUAUCGCGCCGAUUAUUAUCGCUUUCGGAUGCACGGUGACGGCCAUGAAGAUCGCUAUGAUGGCUGGCGAGCGCCAGAAUCUGUGGAUUGAGGCUAUUCAGAAACGAGUAGCAAUCACAGCGGAGAUGCUCGGCUCCAUGAAGGGAGUCAAGAUAUCCGGUCUGACGGAUCUCCUGUUUAACAAGAUUCAAGCACUGAGGGAGCACGAGAUCCUAGCUUCCCAGAAAUUCCGCUCGCUUCUGAUUGCUGUUGUUGGGCUUUCCAAUUUUAAUACGCUCAUGACGCCCAUUGUAAGCUUUACCAUCUACGCGAUGGGCUCAGGGGACGCACCAAACGAGAUCCUCGGCAGUGCCCGCGCUCUAACAUCCCUGACCCUCUUCAACCUCUUUGCGGUUUUCAUCGGCACUCUUGUUGAGUCGAUCAGCGAGACAGCAAUGGCGCUCGAGUGUCUCGAUCGGAUCCGCAACUACCUAGCCCAGGAGGCGCACCAAGAUCCGCGCGAGGUCAAUAGUUCUCCUGUGACUGAGAAGACCCCCUGUAUUGAGGCAUUCGAAGUUGACGUCGGAUGGAAGAACGGCGAUGAGUCGAUCCUGCACCGCCUCUCCUACCGGAUCGAGCGCCACAGUUUGACAAUGAUUGUGGGUGCUGUGGGGUGUGGAAAGACGACACUGGUGAAGGCAAUGCUCGGCGAGGUAAAUUGUUUAACUGGCAAGAUGAAGGUUAACUGCGACCGCAUGGCGUAUUGCGGGCAGGAUGCUUGGUUGACCAACGGCAGUAUACGAGAGAAUAUCCUCGGGGGGUCGCCAUAUGACCCGCCGUGGUAUUCGACAGUUGUUGCGGCUUGCGGACUAGAGAAAGACUUCACUGAGCUGACUGCCGGUGAUCAGACUGCAGUGGGCAGUAAAGGUGUUUCGCUGAGUGGUGGGCAGAAGCAAAGACUGGGCAGCCUUGAUGUACUGACAAGAGCCCAGGCACUCGCGCGAGCCCUUUACUCCGGCGUCGAAACUAUCCUCCUAGAUGACGCCCUCAGCGGGCUUGACCCAGUGACAGACGAACAUAUCUUCACACAGGUCCUCGGUCCCAACGGCCUGGCCAGAAAGCAGCACUUGACCGUUGUCAUGGUCACACAUGCGGUUCACCGACUUCCCUACGCCGAUCAUAUCAUUGCCCUAAAUACCGACGGCACCAUCCUCGUUCAAGGAACGUUCGACGAUUGCUGCAAAAGGCUCGAUUAUAUACAAGGGUUCGCAAUCGCCCAACCCCCCGCGAUUCAGAUGAAGAGCGCUAUGCCUAAGGCCGUCGAGGUCACCAAAGCAGCCCCCUAUUCUGACGAGGCCAUUUCGGACGCGCGCAGGUCUAGCGACUACCAGACGUACCUGUACUACCUUACCACAGUACCCUGGCAUAACUGGCUGGUGUACUUCGGUCUCAUGGCCAUCUUCGUCUUCCUGCAGGCCUUCCCGACGGUCUGGGUGACCUGGUGGGCGCGAGAUAACGACGCUCAGCCAAACAAGAACAGGAGCAUGAGGAUCGGCGUCUACUGGAUGUUCGGCGUGCUCGGCGCCUGUUUCCUCCUCGCGACGGCCUGCUUCUACAUGCUCAAGAUCGUCGCCAAAACGGCGUCGGUUAUCCACUCGCGCCUCUUACGAACGGUCGUCAACGCCCCGAUGUCCUUCUUCGCCUCAACCGACUCGGGAACAACCCUCAACCGCUUCAGCCAGGACCUCGAGCUUAUCGACAUGGAGCUCCCACUCGCUGUUCUCCAGACCUGCCUAGCGCUCUUUCUCUGCGUCGCACAGCUCAUUAUUAUCGCCGUCUCGGCCCGCUAUAUCACGGCCACGAUUCCACUCUGCGUCUUGGUCUACUGUAUCAUCGGCACCUUCUACAUGCGCACCUCGCGGCAGCUCCGCAUCAUGGAAAUCGAGGCCAAAUCACCGCUCUUCUCAAACUUCAUGGAGCUGCUUAACGGCCUCAUUACGAUUCGCGCUUUCAACUGGGCCGAGCAAUACAAGCUCCGCAACCGGGCUCUCCUCGCUGAAUCCCAGCGCCCAUACUACCUCCUCUACGCCGUGCAGCGCUGGCUCAGUCUCGUCCUCGACAUGACGGUCGCUGGAUUUGUGCUUGUGCUGAUGGGAAUCGCGGUGGGAACGAUGCAUAGUACGAACGCGAGCUCGCUUGGUCUAGCGCUUGUGAAUGUUGUUUCGUUGAGUGCGAGUGUUAAAGCCCUUAUUACUGAUUGGACCGUGCUAGAGACGAGCCUUGGGGCUGUGACUCGGGUGAAGCAUUUUGCUGAGUCGACCGAGUCGGAGGACAUGGUUCAGGAGAGGGAUCUCCCGCCGGAGGACUGGACCAGCCGGGGGACCGUAGAGUACAAAAACGUUUCAGCGUUCUAUCGGGACCCGUCAAAACCCGUCUUAAAGAAUCUUUCUUUCCGCGUGCACAAGGGAGAAAAGGUCGCUAUUGUCGGCCGCAGUGGAAGCGGCAAAAGUACGCUUGUCUCCGCGCUGUUCCGGAUGAUUGAGCUCUGCGAGGGCACAAUCUCUGUAGACGGCAUUGACAUCACCACGCUCCGCCGCCAAGCAAUCCGCUCCGCCAUCAUCGGUCUCCCGCAAGACCCCCUCCUACUUGAAGGAAGCACAAUCCGCGAGAACGUCGAUCCAUUCGACUACUGCCCCGACGAGGCGGUCAUCAACACCCUGAAGCGCGUGGGUCUGUGGGAGAUCCUCGAGAGCAAGGAUGGGCUGGAGACGAUAGCCAGCCCUGAACUGUUCUCGCAUGGUCAGAAGCAGUUGCUCUGCAUGGCAAAGGCCAUGCUGCGGCAUGGGAAUAUUAUUGUUUUCGAUGAGGCGACGAGCGGAGUCGACCCCGAAACCGACGAAAUGAUGCAGGAGCUCAUCCGCAGCUGCUUCGCCCAACACACUGUGCUCACUGUGACGCACCGGCUGGACACGAUCAUUGAUUACGACCGCGUGCUCGUUAUGGAUAACGGCAUCCUGCUCGAGAGCGACCCACCGCGGACCCUGCUGUCGCGUCCAUCAGUCUUCCGCGAGCUGUACAAGUCCUCGCGCGGCUGGGAAGAAUACGAGCGUCAAGAGCGUGCGGAAGCCGAAGCUCGGAGACGUGAAAGGGUCGAGAAAGAGCGCGCCGAAGAAGAGCUGCGUGGACGCAGGGGACUCAUUAGUGAGAAGGAGGAACCAGAGACAGUCAGCGCAAUCCGCGAGCAUUGGAAUGUGGUCAAUCAGCUGUUCGGAGGAAUUAUUCCAAGAGCCGUCCCGAGGACAAGGAGUCGGAGUCGGGAUCAUAGUGCAGAGAGGAGAGAAAGUAAAAGGUAUAGUGGUGGGGAUUGGACAGGCGAGGGCGAUGGGGAUGGGGGCGAUGGGGGCUUGGGGAGGAGGGAUACGAGGAGGCAUUUGACUGGGUUGGCGGCGAGGGGGUUACAUUAG